AGUUUGUUCUACGAAUUGCAUUAAGGUGGGCUUGAAAACAAGAGAGAGUCAACGACAUCAGAGUAAAAGAGAUAAAUAUAUAAUGUUGCCACCAAAAAUACAAUUUCGUAUUCUCCCUAAUAAUGAGCGUAUAAAUUGAUUUUUAAAGUAAAUUACCCUUGAAGAUACUUUUAGCUAUUAUUCUAAUGCCAAAAAAUAUACUUAGUUGAGAAAUAUUAGAUAUAAAAUUUAAUAUUACUUAUUAGAAAAUAUAUAUGGGGGAUUAUGUGUGGCAACACUAAUGUCCGGACGCCAUAUUGGUUUUGACAUUGUUGACGUCACAAGAAAAAUGUCUGCGGCCGGUUGCGCACCAUUUUAUCUUGUACUAAUGUUUAUUUGUAAUAAAUAAACUACUUCCAUUUAAUUCUACAUACAUUGAUAACGUUGAGUCGAGCUUGCUCCUCCGUUGCUGUGUUUUGGUGAAAUUAAGUGUGUAUUUGUGAGAUAUAGACUCGGUGUUGAGACAGUGACUUGUUUGAUUUUGUUUUGUGUUUAAUUCGCGAUGAGUUCACAAAAAGAAAACACAAGAAUCUGCUGCUUGUGUGGAUCUUCACCUUCUAAAGAUCCCAGCAUCACUUUGCAUCGGUUUCCAAAGCCUGGCACUAAAAAUGCUCUGCGUUGUGAAUUAUGGGCAAAGUAUUGCUUCCCAAACGAAGCCUGGUCUUCACCAAAAUUCCAGGACGCACUCCAUAAACAACAUAAGAUGCUAUGCAGCAAACAUUUCAAAAGCACAUGCUUUAAUGAGAAGAAGUUGUUCAGAACAGCUGUACCUGAUGUUCAAUGCCAAAAGGAUACAACAACUUCUAAUGUGCCAGAUCAAUCUGCCAUAUUUGAACCUGUUGCCGGUCCAUCCAGAAUGAAUCCUUUAACAGAACAUAAUGUAAACAUCAUCACUCCGACCAAUUCAGGAAUGUUUGUGUGCAAGUCUUCAAAACAAGAAAGUGACCAGAAAAGCAAAAUGUUGAGGAAACUGAAAAGUAGUAUGAACAAGGUGUAUAGAUUACAAAAAACUGUAAAACAUUUAAAAAACGAAUCUUUUUUAAAUGUUAUUUGUAACAAUGAGACAGUCCGAGAAAUCCUCAAUACAAAAAUGAGUUCGACAUUUGCACUGUUACUGCAAGGAGAACUGCAGAAUUAUAAGAGGAAGAAGCCUGGUCGCAGGUGGAACAUGGAGGCUAAAAUAAUAGCAUUGAGGCUCUACAAGAGGUCACCAACUAGCUACAAAUUGCUAAGGAGAAUGAUUUGUUUACCAGCACCCAGCACAUUAAAAUCCCUCUUAAGUAAAUUUAAGAUGAAUGUGGGGACACACAAAACAAUACUCACAAUUUUAAAAAACACGACAAAACACUUUGUCCCCUCUGAACGUGAGUACAUAUUGUUGUGGGAUGAAAUGUCCUUAAGAAAAAAUUUAUGGUACAAUUCGAAGACGGAUUUAAUUGAAGGGUUUCAAGACCAUGCUACACAAGGUAGAUCUCCACAGCCAGCUUCAUAUGCCCUUGUAUUUAUGAUAGUUGGAGUCAGGAAACAUUUUAAGCAGCCAGUGGCUUAUUAUUUAUCAAGCGGUUCUGUCACAGCUGACAGACUUUCAGCUUUGAUUAAGGAGGUUUUAAAUUGUUGCUUUGAUGCUGGGAUAAACAUAUGCGCUUCAGUCUGUGACUUGGAUGGAGUCAACAAGAGAGCUCUAUGUCAAUUAGGAGCUUCUGUUGAGAAUCCCUUCAUAGAAGUGAGCAAUCACAAAAUUGUCACUCUAUUUGACACACCACACCUGCUGAAGUGCUUCAGAAAUCUUUUCAUGAAAUAUCAUGUAAGAUUUAGGACCAAUAUAACAUCAGACCACCAACAAGGAAUUGGAGUCGCUAAAUGGAGCCACAUCAAGCAAUUUUAUGAAUUGGACAAUAAUAAUCCCAAUUUUGUGUUUGCACCAUGCCUAAGUAAACAACACCUUGAGCCUAAUUCCAAACAAAAAAUGAGGGUAAAACUUGCGGCACAAGUUUUAAGCCACUCAGUUGCAGCAGGACUAUACUAA